AUGAAACCAUCAGAGUCAGGGUCGAGCACGGAUCGUAUCAUGGAGGGAGAAACCAGUUCGAGGGCUGCCAACCCUUUGAGGAAGAGUGGAAUUGAAUCCACUGCAGAGUCUAUUCCGUGGCAUCCUCGCCAAAAUGUUCGUCUUGCCAUAGCUUCGCUCAGAGCCAUGAAAGCAAAACUGAUGUAUGAUCGCCUCUUAUACAUCAUUCUUCGAAUAUUGAGUAUGGACACUCUACUUGAAGACCCUAACGUCGCCGAAGCCAUCCGGAAGCUACCUGCUAUACUCAUCCCGGGAAUCAGAGGCUACCAGAAACUCUUCAGAUCACCGAAAUCCACGAUCGAGUCUCUAGAGACUUCGGAUGCGAGAUGUGAGAUAUCUGAAAAUCUGCUUGGCAUCUUUAAGGGAGGUAGUCGGUCCGUUGAGAAUUGGUUGCAAGAAGGCCCAGUUGUGAAGAGCCUCAUGAGCGCAACCGAUGUUCAUUGGGAGAGUUUCAAAUCUCAGGUCGACAAGUAUCUUCUCGAUCCAGCUUCGAGGCCUUUGUUAGACUUUGACAUUCAUGUGCUGUUUUUUGGUGCCGAGGCAUCGGUUGCGGGAGCUUUGAAUGCUACAAUCAACCAAGCUGUUGAAGACGUCAGUGGAAGCUUGAAUUUGGAUGAUGCUACGACCACGGACCCACGGCAGUUAGAAGAGGGAAGACGAGCUUCUGACGAAGACACGGGCCGAGUGAUCCAUACGAAUACAAAUACACAGUCUCAACGCCGAUGGAGUGCUUUUGAAAACACCGUUCGCAAUAGUUGGAAAGAAGCCCGCAGGCCUUUGGGUGUUCUUCUAUAUAUAAUUAACAUCGGUGCCGGCCUGGGAUAUGUCAUGCUUACCAACCCUUUUUCUCCAGGCCCAAAUAAAGGACCCAAGCCAGUUGCCGUUGCGGACGAAGUAGCUUCCCGGGUUCAAUUGGUUUUCGCACUUUGGCUCAUCACCACGGUAGUGUUGCUGACUGAUGGCCUAUUUUUUAGUAUCUAUACAACUCAAAGCUAUGCCAGUCGCCUCUUAAUAUUGAGUUUGAUCAUCUGCGGAUGCAUAGGUUCUGCUUUACACAUGAUCGGCGGCAAUGCUAUGUCAGGAGUGUUAAUUGGAGUUUCCUUGGCGAUGGCAUUCUUGCAGAUAUGGUGA